UGCUGUAAAACUGUUGUCUGUGUGGAUUUAGAGGUAGAAGUCAUGUGGGUUUUCUUUUUGGGAGCCUGGCCACAGAUGUUGGAAGGGCAGUAAGGUGUUGUGUUGGUUGCACCUCCAGUCACAUCCAUAGAACCCCUUCAGCUGCCAAGCACAUCUUUUUGAAACAGAGGUCUGCUGCUGGACCUUUGGUAGGUGCCACUCAGCUGUGAUAUGUUGUGCCCUCUCCUAGUGUAAAAUCCAGUUUUGCUCCCCUAUGCAGGUGUCUGCAGACAGCUGGAACCUCCCUGAGCUGCAGGGUCCAAGGGCUCUAUCCUUGUGGGCAGCCCCAUGUGCACAGGAAGGGAAACAGAGUCACCACCUCCCAGUGUUGGAGAAGAUGACUCACAUGGCAAAGCCAAUGACUCUGCACUGCCCUCCCAGCCUGGAGAGUCUGGGAGAGAAAAUAACCCAUUCACUAAGGAUCUAAAUUUACUCAGCAGCUACAUCUAAUGGAGCUGUCAGAGCUAAUCUUAGGCACUGGUAGAGCUGUUACAGAACAGCUCGUGGGAGAACUUUGCCCACCUUUGCCUGAAGGUAUCCCCUUGGUUAUCACUGCUGUUAGAAGCCCAAAGGGAUCCUAUGUGCCAGGAGCACCAAAGCACUGCUAUUACAGCCACAUCUCAUUGCUCAGCCUUAUGUAGAAGACCCUCAGCUUCAGCAUAUACCACUGGGGAAAGUAUCCAACCUUGUUAUUGCCUGGCUGUGAUAGCAAGGAAGGCAAUUUUUACUACAACUACAAAUCCAGAUGAGUAGUUCAACUCUAGGCACCUUUUUCAACCUGACACAGCUAUAAUUCUUGCAUUCACCUUUCUUGCUCUAAAAAUCUGUACGGGAGAGAACAACCCCCCUACAUUUCAUCCCCUUAGGAUGAUUUACAUACAUUUUUACUCACCCUCAUCCUGAGUGGGGUGACUGUUGCCCACUUGGAGACAACUGACUUAGUCCAUUGGUCACUGGGUGCCACUCAUUCAUUGUAGUUCCAUUAGACUAGGGUCAGCUGGCUGAGAGCUACUCAUAACUGCCCAGCUCACAGGUGUGAGUGCUGCCACAGGCCUUCAUGAGGAUGGCAUCAAUCUUUGCCAGGGGUGGGAGGCACUGGGAACACAUAAGGAUAUCUAGGAUGAAUUCAUGAUUUAAGUGAAUGGGGAAAGAUGGACCUCAGUGGAGUCCUCUCACCUCAGGCAACUGUCCAACUUGGAAUCAACUCCCAAAAGCGAAUCAACUCUCUGUGGCCAUAGGGAGCCUCAAGAACAGUUCCAGGGUGGGAGAGACAAACCUUUGAUGGUUAAUCCAGGUCUUCUUUCACCAAACUCUGGAAUGGGCUGACUUAAUUACAGAGCAAAAUGAAGGCUGGUAAAGGCCAUCUCUGCCACAUGGAUUCAAAAAUAGGGAUGCUCCACACUUGGACAGGAGGUCUGAGUCUGGUUUCCCUGCCAAAGCAGGGAAUGAUGGUGAAAGCAAUCAAAAUCCAACUCUCAGAUGACAGCAGACCUUGUCCUGAAGUAGUCAUCCCAUCCCAGGGAUUUCCAUCUCCCUGAAUGGUGGCAAACUGAUGACUUCUGCUGCCAGAGAAGCCUAUGGCAGGGUGAAAUCUGAAGGGGAGAAAAAGCCCAUCUACAGUCAGUGCAAACUCUAACCAACUGCUUUUGAGCCCUGUUUGCUUGGAGAUAUCUCUGUUUUCCAUCAGUCCAUCAUCAAUCUCUAAAGUGAUGAGACUCGCACACAAAGGUGGGUCAGAAGAUUCCUGCACUCACGGAGCCAUUGCUGCUGAUGGCAUUGAGCCCAUCACUUAUCUCCUGCCCUUGCCAGUGUGGGUUAUUUACCUGAGCCAGAGCCAGUGCCUCUUUCCAAUCACCCACAUAGGCAAGAGACUAACAUUAGUUUGUAUUUUCUAUAGGGGCUGCCAUGUCGGGUAGAUCUCACUGCAUUUAGUGCUAUUACCUUAUGAUGAGCAGUGAGAGCAUCUCGUGAUGUGAGGAACACGGAAGGAAAUCUGGGAUGGCAGCACCCACUGAGCAGCAUGGUGAGAAGGAAAAUAAAUCAGGGCUCAGGGAAGAUUAAAGGCAGGGCACGAUAAUUAUAAACAACAGUGUGACCACAUUGGAAAAGUGGAACAAUAAUGCAGAAGGAAGGAAGGGGAAGGAUGGGUCAGUCCAGUCCCAGGAAUCUGUGAGUAAAUGAAUAUUGCUGAUGGAUGAGCCAGCUGAAAGAUCAGUGCUCAUCCUCCGGUCCUGUCUCUGAACUGAUGAUGUGAGCUGAAAUCAGCACAUGAUUAUAGCCCUGCUAUAUUACUGCCUGGGAUGCUGCUGGAACAUCACCAGUACGGCUUUAUCUAGUGCCAUCCCCUCCCUCAUUACUCAGAUAACCAUCAUGUCACAAAGCAUACUUAUCAACACACACAUGCCAGAGCAAGGGGUUAUGUGGCUUUAAAUACACUAAGAAGAGUGCGGCUAAUGGCUUUGCAUAGAUCUAAUUAAUUUGUUAAUUAAAUCUGUGCCAUCUCUGAGUGUCAGAAAGCCCAAAGGGUCUAUAAUAACGGAGAUAAAACAGACUCCUGUAGAAGUUUUACCAUAAUUAUAAACAAUCAUAGUUACUCUGCUCACCUAGGUCUGCCCAAACCAAUUUGCUUCCUUGAGAGCUCUGUGGGAACAGCUGGACCUGGAGCAUCCAGCUGAGGCCCCAUGAGGCUCUACAAUGUCCAUGGACAUCCAAGCAGGAUGCAGGACCUGGCAGAGCCCUUGGCUCUUCUGCAUUGCACACUGAAGGCUGGCCAGGUUGUCCCACUUUGUCUCUAGGCUUCAGCUUGGGGGUUGAAUCCCAGCAGACCUCAGCAGACCCCCAAACUCACAAGUAAAUACCUGCUUUCAGGUGUCUCGGUCAGUGAGAUGAAGCUCACUGUUGGGGUCUCUGAAGUUAGUUCUGCCUCAGAUGUUUGUGCUUCAUUCCCCAUCCCCUUCCAGACCCUUGAAAACUGACUCCAGAGGAGAAGAAAGGACAAACCUGCACAGCCCUGGGGAUGAGCUGGACUCAGGGAUGCCACAACACAUGGACUUCCCCUUCUUGCAUCUUUCCAUCUUUGAUUCACGGCCUGUUUUUAGCACCACAAAAGAUUUAGCAGUUUGGGAACGUUCUGUUUAGCAGCAUCAGAGGUCUCAUCCCUGCCAUCCAUGUCCCAAAAGGCAGAUUACGGUGGUUGAUUCAUCUGGAGGACAUUUCCCAAGUGUGGUGGAGGUGUCAUAGGGUUGCACACGUCCUUCCAUCAGAGGACGUGGUGACUCAUCGGCUCAAAGAUGGUUCCUGAAGCAUCGAGGCUGAAGUACAGCUGUUCCUCCAGUCCCCUCCCUUCCCCCCUUGCCCAGUGUGUCAUAUUAAAGGGUGAUCGGUUUACACAUGCUCCAAUAUGGAUUCCUUAAGCUUUGUAACGUAGUGGCUAUAUAUAAAGCCCUGCGCUGGAAGCUGAAGUACACAGACAGCUGCGAUAGUAGCGAGCAUUUCACAUUCCCAGAGUGCUGACGGGCUGGAAGCAAGGGAGACCUGCGAGCCCUGCUUUGAGAAAGUUUCCUUACCAAAGGCACACAUAAAGAUAUAUUCAUAAACAGAUUCAAAAGAAAGCUUAGGAAAAAAUAGGAGUUCUUACUCUCCACCAUGGGUUUGCCUUUUGAUCAAGUGGAAGAACUGCGUCUCUACCAGCAAACCCUCCUCCAGGAUGGACUGAAAGACAUGUUGGACCACAAUAAGUUUCUGGACUGUGUCUUGAAAGUCAAGGGAAAGGAGUUUCCCUGCCAUCGGCUGGUGCUGGCAGCUUGCAGCCCCUAUUUCCGGGCAAUGUUCCUCUCAGACAUGGAAGAGAGCAAGAAGAGGGAGGUCAGCUUGGAAGAUGUCGAUCCAGAUGUCAUGGGCAAGAUCCUCCAUUACAUCUACACCUCCGAGCUGGAGAUCACAGAGCAGAAUGUUCAGGACAUCUUCUCUGUGGCCAACAUGUUCCAGAUCCCCUCCAUCUUCACUGUCUGUGUGUCUUUCUUGCAGAAGCGCCUUUGUCUCAGCAACUGCUUGGCUAUCUUCAGGCUGGGCUUGAUGCUGGAUUGUGCCCGGCUGGCUGUGGCAGCUCGGGAUUUCAUCUGUGAUCGCUUUGCACUGGUCUCCCGUGAUGAGGAAUUCUACCAGCUCUCACCCGACGAGCUCAUCGCCAUCAUCUCCAAUGACUCCCUCAACACUGAGAAGGAGGAAAAUGUCUUUGAAGUGGUGAUGAAGUGGGUGGGCACCAAGGACCAGGAGAGCCGGCAGAAGGCCCUGCCUGUUGUCUUUGAAAGCAUCCGCUUCCGCCUCAUGCCCAAGGACUACAUCAAGGACCACGUGGAGAAGCAGGCUGUGGUGAAGUCCAACCCAGAGCUGCUCAAGAAACUGCAGAUGGUGAAGGAUGCCCAGCAAGGCAAAUUCACCGUGGUGAAGAAGAAGAAAGUGAAGAAAAGCGAUGAAAAGCAAGCAAAAGGCAACGUUGUCAAUGGAGCAGUGGAUGAGGAGGAAGAUGCAGAGGAAGAGGCACUCCCAGGGAUCUUAAAUGACACAAUGCGCUUUGGGAUGUUCCUCCAGGACCUCAUUUUCAUGGUGAGCGACAGUGGAGCAGUGGCCUACGACCCCACUGCCAACGAGUGCUAUUUUGCCUCCCUGUCUGCUCAAAUCCCAAAGAACCACGUCAGUCUGGUGACCAAAGAGAAUCAGAUCUUCAUUGUUGGAGGACUGUACUACAAUGAGGACAACAAAGAGGAUCCCAUGAGUUCCUACUUCCUACAGUAUGACCAUCUGGACUCAGACUGGCUGGGGAUGCCCCCCUUGCCCUCCCCACGCUGCCUCUUUGGCCUGGGAGAGGCAGAAAACUCCAUUUUUGUGGUUGGAGGGAAAGAGCUGAAAGAGGGAGAGAAGACCUUGGAUUCAGUGCUGUGCUACGACCGCCUGUCCUUCAAGUGGGGUGAAGCUGAUUCCCUUCCCUAUGCAGUCUAUGGUCAUGCAGUGGUAUCACACAAGGACCUCGUCUAUGUCAUCGGAGGCAAAGGAAGUGACAAGAAGUGCCUGAAGAAAAUGUGUGUCUACAACCCAAAUAAGUUUGAGUGGAAGGAGCUGGCUCCCAUGAAAACUGCUCGAUCCUUGUUUGGAGCCACUGUGCAUAAAGACAAAAUCUAUGUGGCAGCUGGUGUGACUGACUCUGGUUUGACCAACUCAGUGGAAGUGUAUGACAUUGCCGCCAACAAGUGGGACACCUUCCCUGAGUUCCCACAGGAGCGCAGCUCGGUCAGCCUGGUGAGCCUGUCUGGGGUGCUCUACCUGCUUGGAGGGUUUGCCACGGUGGAGACGGAGUCUGGGGAGCUGGUGCCAACAGAGCUGAACGACGUCUGGAGAUACGAUGAAGAGCAGAAGAAGUGGGAAGGGGUCCUCCGUGAGAUCCAAUACGCCUCUGGUGCCACUUUCCUUCCCGUGCGCCUCAAUGUUUUGCGGCUGACGAAGAUGUAGCACCAUUUCCUUUCUUCAGUGGGCAGGGAGGGACAGGGAGCAGUAGGAGAUGCUGUUUCUCUAUAUACUGUGUAGGACAUUGUGUCUGUGAUUGGUACCAUUUCACUGAGACAAAUGGGAGAGGGGGAAAAUUAACUUGAAGCCUUAAAUUUGCUGGGGCUCACACGGUAACUAAAAAAGGACUUUAGAGCAUGUGAGGAGCUGGGGAAGACUAACAGACAUGGAGCAAUACGCUAAUCCAGUCUCAGCUGGCAGAACAAAGAGAUUCUACUCUUGUUCCACUUCUUUCUCUUAGUUUUUUCCAGUCUUCUCCAGCCAUCAGUGGAGGUAGAAGAGGGUUCUGAAGGCAUUAAGCUGAUGUUUCUCCAGACAAAAGGGUCUCUGAUAUGUUUCUUCACCUAAGGUAGCUGCAGGUGUGGUGCUACAAAUCACUUCAGAGGGAAAAGGGAGGUGGUGCAGGUCAGAUCUGGGGGACUCUGAGAGUUCCCACGUGGUGAAGGUCAUUGGGAUGAGACAGUUAAAAGAAAACAGGCAUGUUGGCAGUGGGGGCAAAAAUUCCUUCAACACUGCAAUGAACAGGAAAAAAAAUAGUUAUUCACCUCCAUCCUGACUUUGCACUGAAGGGAUGCAAGGAGGUGAGGGCUGCAAGAGGGGCUAUGGGUGUGACGCUCAUCUCCAUCCCCUAGAGCUCCUCGUGGUCUAUCACAGAUUACAAUGUCCUCAUGUAUCAAGGGACAAGUGCUUUUCUUCAGGGAAAGGUUUUUUAUUUAUGCUUUCAUUUUUAUUGUCACAAACUUUUUUUUCUUUUUUUUUUUAAAGCACUGUUUUAAUUUGCAGAAUUCUUGGAGAUCUCAGCAGCGUUUGGCUCAAAGAGAGCUUCCUGCUGAGUCAAAACGCACUGUGUUCUGUUUUGUUUUUGUUUUUUUUUUAAGUGAUCAUGAUGAUUUUUUGUUAGAAACACGACUGUGCCAGCAGCAGGACAGAGAUGUGUAGUUAGACCAGAAAUCUAACGAUGAUGUCCAUGCUGUAUGACCAGCAAUUCACUUCAGAAUAAAUCUUGAAAAUAUUUAUCCCCAAAUUUCCUUUCUCUGAAUGUUGAUGGAGCUGUAAAUGGAUGCCCACAGCAACCGCAUGCAAGGGCUGAGCAAAAGCUGUGAUGAAUGCAUGGAGAAAUCCAGCCCCAUGGGGAGCCCCAGCUUCUACAGUUCUGAUUUUUCCCCAUUUCAGAGCAGAACCUUUAGUGUUCAUGUCCUAAAAGCUUUUCUCAGUAGACAUGAGGACUAGAAACUUGUCUAGGAAGAGAAAUACCAGCUGGAUGCCUCCAUCAUCACACGGUGCAACAAACAGGGUUGAUGGUAAUGAAGAAGAACAAAUACAGAUCUUGUAAAUAAAUGCCCUCAAAGCAGCACGAACACUGAUAUCAGAAGUCUGGCUGAUUUGACUAGAUUAAAAUGCUGUCUUGAGAAGCUAAAAUGAGUUUGGAAGUAAAGACAAUUUUCCAUGAGUAAAGGAGCCAGAGACUCGUUCUGCCUUCAUUGUAAGGAGAUUUUCUAAGAAGAGUUAUGGGAUAAUCUCCUUAGAAGAUGAUUAUGUCAGAAGAGCAAUGAAACAUUUUCACAAGAAAAAUAAAUCCGAAGUGACUGGCUGGCAUCUGAUAGCAUUAAAAAGGAGGGGGAAAAGGAAACCAACUAAAAUGUUCAAAAUAACCAAACAUGAAAAAAAACCUGUGGCCAAAUAAAUGAAUAAAAAAAUGGUCACCCUCCAUCCAGUUCUGGAGAAAUUCCCAUGGAAGAGUCCCAAAGUAAUACAGUGACUUGUUGCAGAAGUGGAAAGUGGUCCUGAGAGAGGGUUCUUCCCCAUGGAGGUUCAGCUGCUCCUGGGGGAAAUGUGGGCCCUUUGAAGCCAGUGGUGUGGCCCUUUGCAGUCAAUGGGAGCACUGUUGUGUCUCAGUAAUUAGUGGUCCCUCGAUAAUGGCUUGAGAAGCAGUGAUUAAGCCCAGCCAGCAUCCUGGUCUGCAUCCUCAGCUGCUCACCUUGCACUGUCUGUUGGGAGUUUGGUUAAUAGGAGCUGAGCACUCCCAUGUUGUUCACAUCCAUUAAAUGCUUUAGGAGGUAACACCCUUAGAACAGAGCAAGAGAAGAUAAAAUGGCAAUUUGAAAUCUCCCAUCAUGUCAGCAAAAAAGGGCCAACACCAGCCAGAGCUCUUCCAAGGAAGGCAGCGCAGUUGCACAUGGCCAAGCAAAAUUCUGGCUAAGAGACCAUCCAACAUCUCUUGUUGAGAGGCUGUUACAGCCCAAAGACAAUCCUCAGUAAGAAAUGCCAGCAGGAUUACCCAGGGAGGCACCACUCCUUGCUGUUCCUCAGCAUCUUCCUUGCUGAGUUGCACACAACUCCAACAGGACACAUCCCCUGUGGAUAUCUUCUCCAGCAAUGCUAGUUGAAAGGUUACAUCCCAAGGGUCAGAAGAAUCAGCUCUUCUUCCAUUAACUUCCCAGUAUUGGUCCUCAGCUCCAUGUCAAAUCAAUAAAGAUGCUGCGUGCUUUUGGAUGGGCUCUUUGGUUUCUCAGUUCCCUUCAGAGGUGCCUGGAGAGCCUUGUCCCAUAGUUCACUCAAAUGUAAUGCCUGCAGUAGGACCCUGGAGCUCAGUCAUUACCUCUCUCCAGCACCUCAGGGUCGUAAGCAUCCAGCCCUUUCCUCUCCCCACUCAUCACUCUUCCCUGACAAGGUAUUUUCUUAUUGGUCCCACAACAGCCUGUCUGUCUCAUGAAGACACACAACUCCUACCAAACCCAACACAAAGUCCACACAUGUGAUGCAAGAGCAGCCGUGAGAGCAUGCCAUAGAAACAAAGAAAGGGGUAGAGCUCUACGUUUUCUUUUAUAAAAGACAAAUUGUUUAUUGAUUCAGUCCUUCCACUUGCAACCUCUUUGGUAACAGUCGUAACACUUCUAGACCGGGAGAACGCAGUGGAAAGGCCCAGUUCUGUCCUCUCACCACUUUCAGGAAGCCCUGAACGUGCCUUGGUGAGAGGCCAAAAGCAGGUUUCAAAGCUUGGCCAGGGACCUGGCCUCUAUGGACCCCCCAGAACAGCCCACCAUGGCUCGUCGUGCUCGUGGGCAGCCCAGAGAGCAGCUCCAGCACCUAAGGGCAGAUGACAGCUUAGGAUGGCGAUGCAUGCUGGGGUCAUGGUGCCAAGGCUGGCUAUGAGCUGUGCUUGGAAGGAAGCAUUGACGCACCUCUUGGGACUUCCCAGACAUCAGCCAAUGGGGCCAACAAGAAGGCAAGACUUGCCCCUGGUGGCCUCACAAUGAUGGGCUGAACCAUCAGUGUUGGCCUCCCCCUCAUCACACCAUCCCAAAGAGAGUAACUGCUGUACUUGGCGUUAGAGAUAAACGUAUACUGAUUACACAUGGUCAUAAAAAAAAAGUAAUAAUAAUAAUAAUAAUAAUAAUACAUUUCCUAGAACAUUACUUAAGACGCUUCUGAAAUGCAUCCAAGCUCCCCCUCCCCUCCCUGUCUUCCCUUAUCUAUACAGAAUAAAGUGCUUCGUUUAGUUUGUUCACACUAGUAGAGCCACCGAUACACUCUUAAGUUGGCAUGUUCGGGCAACUGAUACCGAAUGUCAUAAAAUAAUACAGAGCCGAACACCAGGCAUGAGAAACGAGUUCUGAGGCAAGUGCUUGGGGUUUCACUCGUUUCCUUCAAGUUCCAUGCGACUGAGGUUGUUCUUAUUUCUGUUUUUGUUUUUUUGCUUUUUUCCUGUUCUUUGAAGAAGUUCUUUCUUUCUAAGUUCAACCCAACUCCAUUGUGGUUGUGUCUCCUCAGGCAGGGAUGCUUGUGGGGAAGCUCUCACUGUCCGUGUGAACCAAGGGCAUCUGUCCAUCUGUCCUUCCCUCUUGACUUCAGGCAAACCAAGAGUUGAAUCAGUGGAGUUGUCUAGCAGCGGAUGCUUGUCUCUAUUGCACUGUCACAGCCGUUCCCACCAUCUGUCAGUCCAUCACCUUCCCAUCGCGCUUGGGUUAUGGCUGUGGUCCGAAGGGCCAGCCACGCCUCAUGGACUUUAUGAGGCUAACUGGCCUGUGCUACCAGGCUCCUGGGAUACAUAAAACAAAAACUACCCUCCCUGCCCAGCUCCCUCCCUCCCCAGAGUUCAACCAAAGGGAAAAUCAAAACCAAACUCCGACAGGUCUGGGGUGCGGGCAGAGCUGUCAGCUUGAACAUCGCCUUGGGGUGUAUUCAUGAGCUGCAUAAUGGGAAUCAAGCUCCUCUCCACCCUUGCAGUCUGUCGAAGAAGGGAUGCGAGAGAUUAAGGUGCAAGAGUUAAAAAUAAAAAAAAAAAAAAAAUA